AUGUUCAAACUUGCCUUUCAACGACAGUCAGCCAGUAACUUGAAAAAGUGCAGCUCCAUUUCGCAUAACCCUCGCUCCCGGGCGAUGUGUCCCCAUCUGAACGCCGAGAGUUAUGCGGAAGAAUGCGACGUAGUCUCCCUCACCAUGCACCCCUCUUGGGCUUUGUUGGCAGAUUCAUAA